GAGGAAGCUGGGCAGUUGCUCAUGUCUUUGGGGAGGCCUAAUGCCGAGCAUUCGACUAAAGAGGCUGAGAGACUCUUGUGCGUGAAGCAUAAGCUCGAGGGUGUUUGUUGAGUAUUUCGACAUGUUGCGGACACUGAGCAUCUGUCUUUAGGAGUCCACAGUGCACAAACCUGAUUACGCACUUGCGUUCUGUUGCAACAGCACGUCGAGGUCCGUUUGUGGUAGGCAUGAGGGGUAUUUCUGCGUGUCUUGGCGGUGGCCCUAUGAUGGUGCACAGCUACUAGGUACUUCGGCUGCUUGUCCCAGGACGCGCAGGUCUAUGUUCGCUUUGCUUGCUUGCUUUUGUACUUGCUAGUGUAGGAGUGCGUCGGGGGCAAAGCAGCCGCUUGAACGCCAAAUGCGAAAAGUCGGCCGCCACGUUUUUUCCGCCCGAUGGAUGGCACACAGUGUUGGGAUCUGGAUUCUUCGGGCGUUUGGCGCAGGUAGUGUUCUCGAGGAUGGCAGAACUGGCACAGGAGUAGUCUUGCUGCAUAUACUCGCGGAUGCUUCAUCAGAUGGAAAACUCAAGAAGCGGGUGUCGAGCAUGGGCCGACCCGUAGCCCGUGGCAGCGAACGCUUUCCCGCUUUCGGUACCUGCAGUGCGCGAUAUGAUUCGGAUUUAACAGCGUCUCGGACACCUGAUUUUUUCGAAUGCCGUGGGUCGUCGUCGUGGGAGACGUUCGUGGCGCUCGUUCGCGAGGCGGCAAAAGACAAAUUUCUUACGAAUGAUUCCGCCCCAGAUUCACAGGAAAGAUAUCAUCGUGUUUCAUUGUCAUCGUUAUAAUCAACAGCCUUCUAGCAAUACCGAAAAGGCAAAGAGCUUCAUCUCGAUUAAAAAGGUGUUCAGCAUGAACAUCAACAUCAACAUCGUGAUCCUUUUCAUUUCUAAAUAUCGUACAAUCCCAAGUGAGCUGUACCAGAUGGCGACGCAAGUGAUCGAGAUCUGGGAUCAGAAGCCAUAUCCACCACAAGACUUUCACAAUCUUCUAUGCGACCCGCGGAAAAGCUGGAAUCCUUUGCAGGAAGAGGCGUUUCAACCCUUCUGCUUGUACGGCUUCAUCUACGCACUUCUCAUACGAGCACGGGUCUUCAUGGGAGAGAGCAACCCGGAACUACGAAAUCUUGCCAAAGAAGACCUGAACUAUGCGGUACUCAUUUGAACGUGCUGAACUUGAUACAAUGAAGGUACAUACUAAAUGAACUGAUUAUACUAGGGACGAGGAUACGACGGCUAAGUAGUUAUUACAUUCUGCCUACUGGUUGCAACAUUAUCCUGCCACAUUUUUGCGCUAAUAUAAGAAUAGAGAAAUGGAGACUCGUUCUAGGUCUCUUGCAUCGCGCUGAUUUGAGGAGUUUAGUUCAAUUUGCAGUGGAGACACUUUGAGUAGAAAAAGAACAUCAGUACUCAAGAACUACUGCUUCUUUUUUGUUAACCAGAGACGUCAUCUCUUUUGUCAGGUCACGUGUCUUGGGAAGGAAGGCUCUGUAGAUUUCCUGGACAGUUCAAACGUUGGCGUGAGUAUCCUGGAUUUCUACAUUUAAGGCAGACCUUGGCUCAUUCUUGGAAUCCACAGGGACAUUUUGGAAAGGACUUUUGCUUUUCAAUAUGUGGAGAUGUGAAAUGCUUGCCCCAUUAGGAUGUUCUACAAUAGAGAACUACGAACAGAUGUACCCGAGUAGUUACCGCCACGUAUGUUAAAUAAUUAGUGCUCCAAUUGUGGGAGUAGCGCGCAGGAUGCAUUGGUCUAAUAUACCAACAUCGGGGAGACGGAUUUCACGACCUACAACGAUUACAUCCGAACAAAUCCUGUCCCGGAGCCGCCUGCCGACGAGUUUGGGAUGCUGGUUUAUAAUCCGCUUCCGCUCGUUUCUGAUGCGAAGGUGCACGCUUUGCUUGCGGCACCGAAUCGCCGGCGUACGCUGCACGCUGCAGUAUUCGGAACGCAUGCAACGCUGAGCCACGAAACCGUGCACAUGGUACAAGAAUUUGUCCUGCGGGACAAAGUGGAGCUAAAACCAGUUUUCUACGGGCUGGAACCGCGCUGGUGCGGAAUUCUUGGGAUGUGCAAUCGCGGAGAUCCAGCUUUCGCAAAAUUCUUCAACUAUGGCACACCGGUUCAGCUGUUGAUGUCAAAAGGCUCGUGAAUUUUUAAAUCUUCUUAAAUGCAUUGAUGCUUGGAUAUGGGGUUUCGUAUUCAUAAACAUGAUUAAGAAUGUUUUUCCAGGAGGGCGACCAGAUCGGUUUUGGUCUCUUGAUCCCUCAGCACCGUGAUACGCGUCUCGGCAAUGGCAUGCAUGCUUUAGAUUUACUUUUACAUGUUUUUUCUACCUUUCACAUAUCCACGCUACAUCUUCUACUUCUAACUUGAGGAUAUGGAGCAGGAUCCUUAUGGUGACGAUUUCACUUGGGAUAAGAUGCUCUUUCAGAUCGAAGCGGUUUACGAGCGUGACGCGGAGCUGCGAAAGAGUGAAAUCCUGCUAUGCACCGAGCCCCUUGUCGGCUGUCUCCUACUACAAAAGCUGUGGCGGGAACGCGGUAUAAUUCGUUCUUAUUUAUUCAUAGGGGACAAGUACAAAUGGAAAUGCGUGGAGAGCUAGAUGAAAUUACCGAUGGAUAAGAUUCUUCCCUUCACUUUAUGACAUGCACGCAUCGACGCGCCUUCGCCCGUCAUAAUUAUUCCAUCUAAUUCCCGGUUCUAGCAUUCGCCUGGAGUUGAAAAUUGUAAGAUAAUGAUUUUUUACUCUCUACUUACGUACUUCCAGUAUUUAUGAACAUGAACAAGCAGCACAAGUUGUUCGUUUAUCCAGACGUUGUUCCAAAAAAAGGUGAUCGGUUGCCUGUGCUUGGGUAUCUCGGUGUUGCACUGCUGAACAGUGUGCCGCCGCUUCAGUUGGAUCAAUUCUGGGAUUUGUUGGAUGCCCGACAGCCAGACGUGGAUACGGUGCUGUAUGUGAAUAAUCGUAUCUUGCGCGAACAGAUCUAUUAUCAGACAGGCAUUGUGGCUCCGUACGUGCGUGCGCAUGGGCUCUAUACGAAGGCAGUCUAUGCGCCGCAAACGGACAGAGUGUUGUUUUGGCGAGCCCCGCUGUUCGUGUACCCUACUCUGCGAUGUGCGAUUUGGCAGUUCCUGAAGGCAAUGCGAGGAGAGGAUGACGGUGCGACCGGCGCUUCUGUCGGCCAGGAAAUUGCCGUCCCUUCUCCGCUAGGCGGCGCUAGCGGCGACUCGGCAUCCGCAGAUGAUCAUGGAGACGGAGAAACAGCUACAACUUCAGCAGUCUUUCCGUAUGUCAUGCGUUUUCUAGAUGAAAAAGAGUCCAUGGCCUACAAUGUCGUAGCGCAGCACCGCUCUGUGGUGCUCUUACCCUGGGACCACGCUUUGAUGACAUUUUACGAACUGUACUCGAUGAAUAUGCCACUAUUCUUGCCGAAAAUUGAGUGGAUCUACCGAUUUGUUUACCAGCGAGGGCAGCUGUCGGUCGGCGAACCGCUCUACCAGUCGGUGCACCCGCGACAUCGGCGGCCCCGAGCAGAGUUUGCCGCAUAUGAUGAGGUGCAGCCGGGAAACACUAUGGAAAGCAAUGUCAAUCUCUGUGGGUGGUUGGUUUACCAUCUUCAAGGGGUGACAAUCACAGUUGGAUCCUGUAGUUAUCAUCUUCACAACUUAGCUCGCUACGCACCAGACGUUUUUUGACUUCGCUGUAAUCAAAGAGAUGAGAUUAGUGAGUCAGGCUUCCUUUUGCUAAGUCGCAUACGGAUGGAAGCAAGGAGACCGUUGGGCCGAUGUCUCCUGCAACAGGUUUGAGUUCGGCCAAGGCCGCGCGGGGGGUGACCGAAGAUAUGCUGCGACGUGGCUUAGACGACGAUUUGGGUCUUGCUGAGACCAAGGCUUACAUGAUCGCUGCACUGGACUUAAUCAUGGAUAUGAAGUAUUUUCUCACCGCUGCCGAAAACAAAACCAGCGAAGAGGACUCCUACACUAGUGCUGGAAAGGUGAAGCGCUACACGCGUGCCAAUCGCGACCAGUAUGAAACCAGCGAGGAGGUGCUCUACUCCGACGAGCCUUGGCAUCCAUAUUUACGGUUUCGGAUCGUACUAGAAUGAGAAAAAUGCCAGCACUAAACUUUCUGUAUGGUCAUACUAGUGUUGGAGGGUAAAAGUUUAUCUUUAUGUUUUAGCGUUCAUAGUCGACACCGUUCCAGAUAUCUCCGCGGGACUCGAACGAAUGGAACCGCAUGCGGAAAGGAGGUUGGUGGCUGCGUCGUGGAGUGCGCGUGGAUGCAAUGCGAUUAAGGCGUCGGGCUUCAAUUUGAAUUUUGAACAAACAACAGCUGCUUUCUAGUAACGUACUGGUGCGCAUUAUCACACUGGCAUAUAUAUUUUAGAUUUGGUUUCGCUACAUGUAAAAGAUUCUUGAGUCUGUAGAUAUACAGUGCCCAAGCUUGUUAUUAGGAAGCAAGUAUUUAUUUUAUUGGAUUGUGAAAAUGACGAACAUCUGGCCCUUAAUAGUUCAGUGGAUUGCUUAGAGAGAUGAGGUUCUAAUUCAGUAUUGGUUUCAAUACUCCGACUUCUACCGUUUUCCCGGCUUGCAGUACUUCGACAAUAUCGGAGAUAUGUUCUGCCGACUCGAGACUGCUGAUUUGGUUUGGAUUACAAACGCGAUGCACAAAUAUAACGACGAAAGCCUGAUCGAGUCUACACAAUUUUGGUCUGACGCGGUCCUGCGGCUUCUGUAGCCUAUGCUGAUAGUACAGUAGAUAAUUGAAGAUCCAAUACUCUUAAUGUAGAGAAAUGCCUCUAAAUUUAAUGACACCAAUGAAGCGUAUUUACUCUCAAACUUAUUUUUCAACAUGGCAUGGCAUGACAUGCAGUCGUCGCAUCAGACAACGGUUAAGACAACGGGUACUACGUCCCUAAAGAUUGCAGCACUCAAAUUCGUUGAUAUUUUUGGUUAAACACGCGGAUCAUGCAGUUCUUGGUUAUAUAUAUAUUUAUAAAGAUACAAAAGUAAGGCGACCUGGUUAUUUAUAUAUAAAGAUACAAAAGUAAGGCGACCUAGAAGUGUCAAGACGCAAAACAGAUGGGCUACUCCUUGUACUAGAAGUGCCCACGCUGCUGGCAGUGGCCAGAAUCCACGCGACACGAAACAAUACGAAGUUCCGAGCGAUCGCUGCUUUAUGCUUUGAGAACGAAAAGGUUCCUAGUAGCGCUCGUUACGUGCUCCUUACAAGUACAACGUCAACACUUUCAAAGCAGACAUCAAAGAAAUAGACUCUCGAGAGCUGGUGGGCAGACGAGAA